UGCCUGCAAAGUCUCCAUCUUAUCUGCCAAAAUGGAGGAGAAAUUUGCUGCCAUUUGCAGGAAGGUCAAUCUGCUAGGCAUCCCUCAGCUGGUUCUGAUGACUAAAGUGGAUGAGGCCUGUCCCGAUGUGGCAGAUGACCUCAAGGAUAUCUACAUCAGCCAGUACAUUAGGACAAAGGCCCAGGAAGUCAGUGUCCGUCUCGGUGUUCCCCUGUCCAGUGUGCUUCCUGUUAAGAACUACAGUGAGGAGCUGGACCUCAGCACUGACAUCCUGCUCCUCACUGCUCUGUCCCAGAUGCUGCGCAGCACUGACAGCUACUUUGAUGACAUCAGUGAGCUAGAUGUGCAUGAUUAGACGGCUGCAGCUACCU